ACUUAUCAGGUCGAAUAAUGCUUUUGUUUGCUCGCCCUAGUGGAGUUUUUCAUAAGCCGUAUUUCCCGUUUACAUAUAUACCCAAUAUCCAUACGUUCAUCCCUUAUAUAACUAUUAAUCCCCUCUAUUAGUAAGAAGAAAGAACAACAGCAGCCAUGAAAUUGGAUGUUGAUGUUCUAAGAUAUCUCACUAAAGAUGAUUUUCGUGUACUCACUGCUGUUGAGAUGGGCAUGCGCAAUCACGAAAUUGUCCCUUCAGAGCUCAUUGAUCGAAUCGCUUCCCUCAAGCAUGGAGGUACUUAUAAGGUGAUGAAGAAUUUGCUUAAGCACAAGCUGCUGCAUCAUGAUUCUUCUAAGUAUGAUGGUUUCAGGUUAACAUAUCUUGGGUAUGACUUCCUUGCCAUUAAGACAUUAGUUAAUCGUGGUGUAUUCAGCUCCGUUGGUCGUCAAAUUGGAGUUGGAAAGGAAUCUGAUAUUUUUGAGGUAGCGAAUGAGGAUGGUACAAUAAUGGCGAUGAAGCUGCAUAGAUUGGGAAGAGUCUCCUUUAGGGCAGUCAAAUCUAAGCGUGACUACUUGAAGCACAGGAGUAGUUAUAACUGGCUCUACUUAUCUCGCCUUGCUGCAUUGAAAGAGUUUGCUUUUAUGAAGGCAUUAGAAGACCAUGACUUUCCAGUACCAAAGGCAGUUGACUGCAACCGUCAUUGUGUGAUUAUGUCCCUUGUCCAAGGCUAUCCUCUUGUGCAGGUGAAGCAAUUGCAAAACCCAGAUAUUGUUUUUGAAACUAUACUUGGUUUAAUUGUUCGUAUGGCUGAGCAUGGACUUAUUCAUUGUGACUUCAAUGAAUUUAAUAUCAUGAUUGAUGAUGAUGAGAAGGUGACCAUGAUUGAUUUCCCACAGAUGGUAUCUGUUUCUCAUCGCAAUGCACAAAUGUACUUUGACCGUGAUGUUGAAUGCAUUUUCAAGUUUUUCAGGAAAAGAUUUAAGCUCACUUAUGAACUGCAGUCUGAUGUUGCUGAUGGUAUAGAGGAGGAUACAAAUGACAACAGUAGGCCAUGCUUCUCCUCUAUUUUAAAAGUUGCUGAUUCUUUAGACAAGGAACUUGCUGCUAGUGGAUUUAGCAAAAAGGACCAGGAUGAACUUGAAAGGUUUAUCGAAGGGACUUCUAAGGACCAAGAUUCUGGUGAUGAAGAAGAAACAGACGACGAUUCAGGGGCUGAUGAAGCAAUUGCUGAUAACCAGAAAAUUAACGAGUGUAAUGACACAGACAUCAGGAACUUUGAUUCAUUAUGUUUAAUAGAGCAGGAUUCAAUACCGCGGGAAGGUGAUACAAUCGACAGUGAGCAAAUUUCUUCUACAGCUCCAAGCAUUUCAGAGUUGCACAGUGCCAGUGAUGAGGAAGAAAAUAAUGAAGAAGGUAAUGCUGAACUAACGAAACGACUUAGCAAGCAAAGGCGCAGAGCUAUAGCUUCAGCCCAUAGAAGGCAAAACGUUACCUCUCGAAAUUCUUAUAAAGACAAAGGUCGUAAGUCAUCACAAAACUCCAAAAUUCAGAAACAGUUUGGUGGUUGGUAGGUCGUAUGUCUUUAAGAGCGAAAGAUGUCGCACUAGGCGAGUACGUCUGCGCUUCAUGAUCUUUGAACUUCAAAAGCUACAAUCUUACUCUGAACAAGAUUCGUAUUACAUCCAUAUUAUGUAUGUAUGUGCCAUUGUUAGAACAUAGGGGAGGACAUUAUUUAUACAAAAUGAUGUAAUGAAAUACAUACAUUUGUUGAUGCUUACUUCUAGACUAUCAAUAGUAGAUCAAUAUUUUUUCUAGCACUAAUACUCUCCAUUUGAAAUUAAUUUUUAUGCUUAGGAUCCAUGCUCGAUUUCGUAUGGUGAUGCUUUCUUGGCAGGGCAACUGUUUUCUAAGUUAAUUUUGGUAUUUUACAUUUUAAAAAGUACUUCUUUCACUUUUUCAUACUUGCAUUAAUUUUUGAUUUGAGAGUUUCCUAAUAUUUAUGCCAUUUUUUGUUAUUGUAAAAUAGCUACUUUAUUUUUGUAAUUCAUAAUUAAACUAUUAAACAAGGGUAAUAUUAAUAUGUUCUUUGCAAUCAAACAUAACUAAUGAUAUUUUUCACUUGUAAAUUUGAAUUUAUUUCUUUAAUAUUUUAAUUUUAGCCUUUAUUGCAGUUAUAAGGGUAGUAUCAUAAUUGUUUAAUUACAUUUCUGCUAUCUUAAUUUGUGUGUACUUAUAAUCACUUGUAUUUGGACGCAACUAAAAAAAUCUGAUAAAUUAUUAAAUAAUAAAAAAAAUAUAUUUUCUAUGCAUAUGGCCUAUGGGAAGGCUAAGUUGAUAUGAUGUGUGGAUUGCUUAGUUCUCUCCUCAUCCUCUUUCUUUGCUUUGGAAAUCAUAACGUUUAUACUUCUUCCGUUUCAUAUUACUUGCAAUAUUUUUUUAUUUUUAGAUUUUUCAUAUUACAAGUUGUAAUAUUACCUUUUUGGGUAAAAAACAACUAUAUAACUCUCUAUUUUACCCCCACUUUAUUCUUUUCUCCAUAUAUUAUUAUAAACCUUAUCUUUUUACUUUCAUUAUUUUAAUUCACCUACACAUUACUUACUUUUAAUUAUUCUAACAGAUUUUUUUUAUAAAUGGCAAAAUAGUUGAAUUCUACUUCAACUACCCUCCAUAAAUGAACAACUAAACCCCUAACCCGAUUUACUGGUUCUAGAACUUCCCUGCAAUCAAAGCCAUGUCUUUAAUCCCAAUUCUCUCUCCCGCUUAUAAACGCCUUAUUUACUUCUAUGCAUAUCAAACCUUAUGCAUAUUAAACCCUAGAUCUGAACGUCCCUCUUCCUUGAGUAAUCCCACAAUCAAACCCUUAUUUUACCUCCUAUGCAUAUCAGUUUUCAUCUCCCAACAACUAAACGCCCCUCUUCAUCUUUUUAGAGUAAUCUUCAUAUUCCUUGAAAAAUCUUCAUUAAAAUUAGAUAGAUCCUAAAACUUAUGAUUGAAGUUGAGGUAAAAAGAUGAAGAGGAGAAGAAGAUAUGGGGAAGAUAAAGUGUUUAUAUAGGCUAAAAAGUGUAUUUUGAUUUUGGUGGGAAACUAAAUUUUGCAUCCUAAAAGUUUUGUAUAUUUUGGUGGGAAAUUAUGUAAUUUGGAUCAUUUUUGCCCUAAAUGUAAUGAUUUUAUCUUUCCCAUUAAUAAACCUAACCUUUUGUAUUAAUGUGUGAUCCAAAUCUAAUCUGUUGAAGCUUAUGUAAAAUGAGUAAAAUUGUCAUUUUGAUGGAAAAAA